AUGUCUCCACAACAGAAAGCUCUUGUUCUUCCCCGUAAGCAGGGCGGCUUUGAGCUCAGCUCCCGCAGUAUCCCUAAUCCUGGGGCCGGGGAGCUCCUGGUCAAGAUACAAUCUGCAGCUCUGAACCCAUUUGACUACAAGAUCACGAACACAGAUUAUACUCAUUACCCUGCCGUUCUGGGAAUGGAUAUUGCUGGCAUUGUCGAGGAACUAGGGGAAGGUGUCCACAAUUUCCGCAGAGGCGAUAGAGUGUUAGACAAUUCUUUUCCUCGAUUGGCGCACGGCAAAUUCACUAAUGACUUUACUGCAUUUCAGCAGUAUGCUUUGACCGUUGCGAGCUUUACAGCAAAGAUUCCUGCAAGCGAGUCCUUCGAUAGCGCAGCUACUGUUCCUCUGGCAUUAGAUACUGCUGUUGUGGGCUUGUACGGAGAUCAAUUCGGAGCUAGGAUAACACCUCCUUGGGAGGAAGGCGCCGGCGAUCACGAAUCAAAGAAACCAAUUGUUAUCCUUGGCGGUUCUUCCUCUGUGGGUGCAUAUACUAUCCAACUCGCUCGUCUGUCGGGAUUUUAUCCCAUCAUCACUACAGCCUCUCCGAGCAACGAAGAGCUUGUCAAGGGCUACGGCGCAACUCAUUUCUUUGAUCGCAACCUUUCUGGAAAACAACUGCUGGCGGCCAUCAACGAAGUUACUGACGACCCUAUUAAACUUGUUUAUGAUGCCAUCUCGUUGCCAGAAACACAGGCUGUUGCAUGGGAAUUGCUUGCAAACAAUGGCACUCUCGUAUUAACCCUCCCUGCGUCAGUCAAGGAAGAUGAAGGCAAGGGGCGCAGGGUCGUUCCGACCUUGUCAUACCCACAUACCCCCGAAAAUGAAGAGUUGUGCAGCAGCUCCUGGGCUAUGGUCGAAAAAUGGCUUUCAGAUGGUACUAUAAAGCCGAACAAGUAUGAAGUACUCCCGAACGGACUUGAAGGUGUUAUUGGAGGACUGGAAAGGAUGAAAUUGGGACAGGUGUCUGGAACGAAGUUAGUCGCUCAUCCUCAGGAAACACAGUAA